AUGGCGUGUGUAAGCUCUGUCUCUUUCUCGGUUCUGCUUAAUGGAAGCUCCCCUGGCUUUAUCAAACUGGAACGAGGUUUCCGUCAGGGUGAUCUUCUGUCUCCUUUCCUCUUCAUAUUAUGUGCUGAAGCCCUUGUGAGUUGUAUGAAUGUUUCAGAAGAAGAAGGCAGAGUGCACGCCAUUAAACUCUCAAAAUCCUGUCCAUCGGUUCACCAUCUGUUGUUUGCCGAUGAUAGUCUCUUGUUAUGUAAAGCCAACAAGGAGGAAGCUGAGGAAAUAGUUUCAUGCCUCAAACUUUAUGGUGAUGCGUCGGGUCAGAUGGUGAACUUUCAGAAAUCCUCUGUUAUCUUUGGCUCAAAAAUCCCAGCAAGUGUGAAACAGGAGGUUCAAUCUAUUUUAGGUACUGAUAAGGAAGGUGGGGAAGGGGCGUUAGGGAGGAGACCGUCCUUUGUGUGGCGUAGUAUUCUUCAUGGAAGAGAGUUGCUAAAGCAAGGUUUAGUGAAGAAGAUUGGAAAUGAUUCUGAAACGAAAGUAUGGCUAGAAAAUAGGCUAUUAGACUCGGAGCCUCGCCCUCCGUCCUACCAGCCAGACAAUCCAGUUGAUCUCACUCUCUCGGUUAGUGAUUUGAUAUACCCUCACUUGGGUGGCUGGGACGUUAGGAGAAUUAGACAAGUAAUUGCAGUUGAAGAUGUGGAGCGUAUCUUAAAAACGAAUAUAGACCUCUCCAAAGAAGAUUCUCUGAGAUGGGGCUUCUCGAACAAUGGGAUUUACAACUCCAAAAGCGGAUACAAGCUUCUGCAGGACCUCCACGAGCUGUGUGGUCCAGCUUCCUCUCGUCUCCCUCCAAUUGAGAAGUAA